AAUCACAGUGACAUUCGCGACCCUGGACCACAACCCCUCAAAAAAUGAAACCAGAAAGGAGUCCACCAACCAGACACACUGCCGCCGGCCGGGACCCAGCUCCGGCCGCCGGAAGUGGCUCCUGGGAUCAGUACAUGGCCUCCAUUAGAGCCAGUUAUCAGUUUGGAGGCGGAGACGGAAAACUCCCGCCCAUUAACACCGUUUUAAACAAACCACCACUCUCUCAGGUGAGGGAGAGUAGCACCGGUCCUGGGGGGGUCCGGUUAGAAACUGUCACAACCGCAGCAGCUGCAGGUUCCCGGGUCAGUGCUGAGCAAAGUGUCCCGCCCCAGGUCACCGAGAGGCCGGGUACGAACAGAGAACACCCGGACCUCAACCCGGACCUCAACCCGGACCUCCUCACCCAGAACUCACCCAGACCCGGACCCGGAGCCGGAGACUUCAGUUUUAACAUCCAGCCAACGGAGGAAGAUCUGACGCAGAUGCAGUCUGGACGAGACAAGAACGGAUACAUUAAGCGGCCGAUGAAUGCCUUCAUGGUGUGGUCUCACCUCCACAGAUGUGCCCUGCGUAAAGCCUGCCCCGGAGCCAGCAUGACGGACACCAGUGUUCAGCUGGGCUGUGAGUGGUCCAAGCUCAGCAAGGAGCAGAAGAGGCCGUACUAUGAAGUGGCUCACAAACUGAAAUGCAUGCAUAAGCAGCAAUUCCCCGAUUAUGAGUUUCACCCGCGGAGGAAGAAAGUCAGAGAGUGUUUGCCCUUCGGACAGGGAGCAGGACAUCAAUCAUCAGUGUUUGUCUCACAGCCCCAAGCUCACUCUAGGUUGCAGUGCCCCAGCAUGUACGCCAUGAUGCCCCACACUGUGGGCUACUAUCCCUACCCAUCCUGUUGUCAGUAUCAGCCAAUGGGCCUCUACUCCAGGCUCGAGAUCCAAAGGUCAAGGAUUGUCUACAGGUACCAACAUGGUAGCAGCUCCACGGAGGAAGUGAAGAAUUACUACAACACUUUCCUGCAGAGGGAUGAGACCGCUCUGGCUGCCCUCGUCGGGGAGCAUCACCCAGCAUACGUUAGUCAUGAAGUCGUCAUUAGCUCUACCACAUCGGGGAGCCUUCAACAGCCUGAUGUUGUCACCAGCCAACAGCCUCCAACCAGCAACAAAGUGGAGUGUAUAUGUGAGGAUGAUGUUGAUGUUGUCGGACUUCUCUAGGUUCGGCACACACAAGGUCAAAUAGGUGAAAUAAACAA